AUGAAAUUUCGAAUAACCUUGUUUUUGUUUAUUUUCGUAAAGUUUGACCUAAGUAAUGGAAAAACACAACCCGCUGGAGCAUGUGGUUUUGGAUAUGAAAUGUUGAUCGCAAAGCUGGAAUCAAUCGAAGAAAGGCUGAUUGCAAUGGAAACAAAACUUCAAAGUGUGUCCACCGAGAAGAUUAAAGAAGAAAUGCCAAAUCACGAAAGAGUUUAUGAAAGGGAUGAUAAAAUCAGGAUAUCCACUAUCGACCCUCCAACGACGGAUUCUUAUUUCCCUCAAAGCAAUGAGCUCAUUAUAGACCACUUCAGGGCCUACUCAAUACCCAAGUUUCCCGUAGGUAUCGAACCAACCGCGGAGCAACUUGCCGCUGGUGAGGAUAGCAUAUACAGCUCUUGCCGCGAGGUCCCAUCGUGGGUCAGUGAAAAAUUUCUUAUCAGAAUUUCGGACGAUGCUCAGCCCAUCAAUCUGCUCUGUGAUAUGAAUUCGGUCGACGCUGGAUGGAUCGUAGUACAGAAUCGUUUCAACGGUUCCGAAUCAUUCUAUCGCAGCUGGAAAGACUACGAGACUGGUUUCGGUAAUUUGGAUGGAGAGUUUUGGCUCGGGUUGGAAAGAAUUAGCAGCAUAGUCAACGAUGGACGUCAAUGGGAGAUCAUGUUCUGGUUAAAGAACUUGCAAGGAGUGGCAAUGUAUUCAAAGUUUACUAAGUUUAGUCUUGGCAAUGCUACGGAGCAGUACAUACUGAAGCAGAUUGGACCAUACACUGGUAAUGCUGGGGAUUCGAUCACUCGUCAUGUGGGCAAUAAAUUUACGACCUACGAUCGCGAUAACGAUCCGGCACCGUUCAACUGUGCGAAGAAACAUCGUGGUGGCUGGUGGUUUCACAGCGCUUGUGUUACAAGCCAUCUGAACGGUAUUUACGGAUACACCUCGAGCGAUCAAUCAAGCCGGUGGGCAACGAUGAAACCGAAUGGGUAUCUACAGGCUUCAAGAAUCAUGAUAAGGGAGGUGUGGUAA